AUGCAGCAUGCGGGAGACGGGGAGGGCAACAACUGGACUUCAUCGCCCGCAGGGAGGCGACAGGAAAAAGACACAGACGGCAUGAACGCCGCGGAGAAGAGAGAAGGGCUCGCAGAGGGAGGUGCGCCAACGAAGCAGCCCGUGGAUCGGGCGUGCUUGCCUUGCCGACUCAGCCACCUAGCCUGCGACUCGAGCCGGCCGUGUAAGCGGUGCACGAGCUCGGGGAAGGCGGCGCAGUGCGUGGACCCCGAGCGGCGCAGGCGUGGCCGUCCCCGCAAGAACAGAACCCACGAGGAGGGCGAGACAGAGGCCACCGCUGGCCACGGCGCCUUUCAGCCGCAGCCGCAGCCGCAGCCGCAGCCACAACAGCCACACUCGCAUCAUCCUCAGCAACUACCUCACCACCUAUUCCAAUACCCGCCGCAGGCUCAGGCACCACCGCCUCAGCACCGUCCUCCCUAUCCUCAGCCCGGCAUGCCAUACCCCGCCGGCACCUUCCCGCCGUCGCCGCAAUCGUUCCCCUUCCCCUUCCCUCCCUUCCCUCUGAGCGGCGUCGGGCGACCCCAGUCUCCUCCGCCCUUCCCGUCCCCCUUCCCCCAAGGCCCGGAGCCGACCACCAGCGCCCGCACCGACGGCCGAAGCGAGACGACGAAGAAGAAAAAGCAGAAGGAGAAUCCGUCGUUGUUGGCGGCGGCUGAGGGCUCCUCCUCGUCUCCGUCGAACUCUUCGCCCGCGUCGCACGAGCAGCCCAAAGGCGGCACCGGUGCCGACAUCGAGAGCCUCCUGGGCAUCCUCGUGGGCCAGGUGCGGGAUCUCAAGGACAGCCUGAAGGGCGUGCAAAAGGAGCUCAAGGCGGUCAACAAGCGACAGAAGAUGUUCGAAGACCACCACAGGCAGCUCAAGGAACGCGUCGAGCUGCUCAUUCCACUCGUCGCGGCUCGCGCCUCGCAGUCAUCGUCGGAUGGUGGUGGCGGCACCUCCCCACCGUCGUCAUCAUCGGUGUCGUCGCCCGAACAAGCUUCGCUGCCCAAGCUCACUGCCCACCCGCACAUUCCGGCCAUCCCUUUCCCGCUGCCCCGCAGCAUGCCUCGCACGCGGGCCGAGAUUCUCGACUACUUUCCGCUGCUGAAGAGCUACGAGGGCCUCUACUCUCCCGACGCGCCGUUCGUCAUAGACGAGUUCACCAAGCCCAUCGCGAUAGUGCUGUUCGUGAGCCCUCCCGAAGCUCUCGCACACAAAUUCUUGCCUCCGAUUUACAUCUACGUCAACGACGCCUUCUGCGAACUCCUGCGUUAUCCGUUGAGCGAAAUCCUAGCGUGUCCGGUUACCAAGUUCUCGAUGCCGUCGGAGGACAAUCGGGCCAACAUCAUGGCCUCGCUGGCCGAAGCCCGCCCGAAUGGCUUUUCUUCGAUCACCACCUUUUCGCCCUACGCCAUCAAGCGCGACGGAACGGUGAUCAAGCUGCACGGGCGGCAUCAGAUGUUCUUCAACGAAACUGCUCACCCGAAGUGGGGCGUGAUGGUGGUGGACAGCGUGUCCGAGGAGAACGUGUUCGUGGAGGUGCGGAAGGUCGCGCUGCAGACGCUGCUCAACGAAUUCACCGCCUCGCGCCACUCUGCCGGCUUACCGACGGGCUUCCCCGCAUGCAACUUCCCCGGCUUCCCGUUUCCCUUCCCGCACGGCUUUGGCCCGGACUCUGCGUCGGCGCUGAUGCCCGCCUCGCCGCUCCGUCAAUCGCUCUCGAUGUCCGCCGCCUUCUCCGCCGCCGCCGUUGCAGCUGCUGCCGCGGGAAAGAGGAAGCGCGCACCGGACGACGACGGCACCGAGCCCGAGGGCACUGCCUCAGGCGAGAACACGGGCCCCCACAUGCCUGACGGCUACGGCUUUGUCCCGUCGACGCCCCCGGCGCUCUUCCAGAUCCAAGGGCUCUACUCGCCGUCGCCCUCGUUCCUAUCGGGCGCCGAAGGAGCUCAGCACCACCACCAGGGCGCGCACAACGCCGGUGGGCGCCGCACGGAGGACAACGAGCGAGCGGAGCUGCGCGACCUGCUGGCGGGCCUCCUGUCGUCGCCCAUGCCCUCGCCUCCUCCGUCCUCGCUGAGCUUCCCCUCUGGCGCCGGCGGCGAUGGCGACGCGCCGGGCAUCAGCUCGCUCAACUUCUACAACUUUGGCACGAGCAUCAUCACGCCGGUCUCUCCGCCGCCACCUUCCUCGCCCAUGUACAGCGCAGUGCAGGUCCUUCGCGACCGGCGAGACUUCACCUGA